CGCUCAACACAACACAGAGUGUUUCCACCCCGGACCCAGGCAGUGGCCGACAAUGUCGUACAGCACGCAUCUGGAAGACAUGGUCGGGGAGAUGGGCGGCUGCGGUCGCUUUCAAUGGGUGACUGCCAUCGUUGUCCAGGCCUCUAAGACGCUCGCCGCAUGGAGCAUGCUUCAUAUGACCUUCAAUGGACAAGCACCUAACUUCCGGUGUUCACCUGACCCAAGUAACUUCUCUUCCAAUGGAUCAGACAGAGUAUUUGAUAACGUAUGCACACUAGCCAACAGUACGACAACGUGUCCGUCGUUUGCAUUCGAAGAUGACAUGCACACCAUAGUCAAUGAGUGGGAUCUUAACUGUGACAGCGCGUGGAUCGUUGCUAUGAUAACAACCAUCCAGAUGUCGGGCGUCCUCGUCGGCAGUUUUAUUUCCGGUCAUCUUGGCGACAUGAUAGGCCGGAAACCGACGUUCUUCCUGUCGCUGCUGCUGCUGGUGGUCGUCAACGUGGUGGCAUACUUUUCUGUUAACUGGCAAAUGUACGCAGCCGUACGCUUUGCGCUUGGAUUAGGUAUGGGCUUCUACCUGACGCUGCAGGUGAACGUGAUGACGGAGAUGGUUCCUAUCGUGUGGCGGGCCCGUGCGGUGGCGUUUCCCGCUUGGGCGUUCGAAGCCAGCAUCUUCGCGCUGGUCGCCUGGCUCUUCAAGGACUGGAAAAACAUACACCUAGCCACUGCUGUCAUCGGGGCUCCCUUCCUCCUCACUUACUUUAUUACAGAGGAGAGUGUCCGUUUCUACAUGACGAAGGGCCGUUAUAAGGAAGCGGACCGGGUAAUUGGGCAAAUAUCGAAAAUGAACGGGCGGCCCAAACCCGACACGGAAAAAAUGUUUGCCCAGGCCCGACUGCAGGUGCAGGACAGCCACGCACCCAAGGCCGGAUACUCCGUGUUGGAUUUGUUUAAAGAAUGGGAAAGAGCGAAGAUAACAUUGGUUCUGUUUUUCACAUGGAUGACGAUCAGCUACUCGUACUACGGCCUGACGUUUGGUGUGAGCAGCCUCUCUGGGGAUCUGUACGUCAACAUGUUCCUCAUGAAUAUCAUAGAGACUCCCGCCAGUUUUUCUCUCAUGUAUAUCGUCAACAGGUAUGGGAGGAAGCCGGUAGUGAUUCUGAUGUUCGCGUGUACGGCGGCCUGCGGGUUUGUGGUCGGCAUUAUCCAGUAUGUUGACACACCGCAUCGGGGUGUAAUAACGAACGUGUUCGCGCUGGCGUGUAAGAUGGGGAUUGCGGUGGGCUGGGGCGGCCUCAUGGUCUAUACCACGGAGCUGUACCCCACUGUCGUUAGGUCAAUCAGCUAUGGACUUUGCAAUACGGCGGCCAGGGUCGGAGGGAUGGUGGCGCCUCAGGUCGUCUUCCUGAAUGACACGGUGCCUGGCCUGAUGUAUUUCCUGAGCGGCGGAUUGCUUACGGCCUCCUCCCUAAUGCUACUCUCCUUUCCGGACACGAACGGCAAGGCGCUCAUGGACACAUUCAAGACAGCCGAUGUCACGUUGGAAAAUCAGGGCGGCACGGUCAUCGUUGCAACGCCCGACGGUAAGGGGGUGAUUGUCCCCGGGAUGGGUGUGGUCGGAGUGAAACACGAGGGAUUUGAUAACGGGACAGCAGGAGCACCCAGUCCAGACGAUGAACGGGAGGAGCCGGCUGAUACACGGAACAUUGACGACAAUAAACAGGAUAACUUUGACGUAAUGAGAAUGUGAAAACCACGUGUCCAAUAUCUAAACUUCAAGUUGGUGCGUUUUAUGUGUACCUAUAUGUGCGUGUGUCGAGAUAAUUGAGCAUGUAAUUUAUUGUACGGCAAACAUAUAUACAACAGCUACAAGA